AUGCUCUUAUGGGCCGCAGCGGGAGUGCCUCUGGGCGUCUACAACAUCGUGCAAGAGUUCAACAUCGCAUUGCGAAUUCAACCCCAGAUCCUUACGACUUUGAGCCUUGUCACUUGGGGACAGUGUCUCUACUAUGGGAAGAAAUACCCCGCCCCGAAAUGCACAGCAGCGGUGACAACCCUCCUCCUCGUCCUCGGCGGUCUCGAAGCAGGACUGAUCUUCGCCUUGAAACACGCCCUCUACCAAGCCCUGAAGUGGCCGGUAACUCUGAUGGCUGUUCUCAGCGCCGUUCUUCUCGCCGCGGGGGUACUGACGCAUUACUGGGACAUUUAUCUUCAUCGGACCGUGCGCGGGAUUAGCUUUUACUUUGUUGGCAUCGAUGCCGCAGGUGAUUUGUUUUCGCUGGUGUCGGUUUUGUUUGGGCCGGAGAUUGAUGUCCUGGGUGUGGUUAUUUAUGGAACUGAGUUGGCACUUUGGCUGGGGGUUUUUGUUUGUGGGGCCGUGUUCAAUCUCUUGCCUUGGUUGAGGAGGCGUGGGAAGAUGGUUGAGACGAGGCAGAAUCCGGUGUCUUUGUCUUUGCAUCCGAUGCCGUCGUCGACGUCUGUCUUUAGGACUGUUUCUGGGUCGGGGUCUGGGGCUGGAGCUGGAGCUGGAGCUGGGGUGGUGGAGAGGCGGGGGAGGACGCGUGCGGCUUGA